ACAACAGAUCCUUCCAGAGUUCAUUGUCCCUGUAGAAAAUGUUCAAAUUUGAAAAAAUUAGACAUAAUGGAGAUAAAAAGUCAUCUAUACUUUAACGGAAUGGACCAAACAUAUGUCAAGUGGAUUUGGCAUGGUGAAGAAUAUGACUCUAACAAUAAUGUUCCCAAUGAAAGAAAGCAAUUUGAUCAAGUGUUUGAUGACCCUAUAGAGAUGGUGAGAGAUGCAGAUGAACGUUUUGUUGAUAAGCCUGAAGAAUUUUUGAAAUUUUUAGAAGGUGUAGAGAAACUAAUAUUCUCGGGGGCACCUUUGUCAAAAUUGGUUGUUUUAGUAAAACUAUACAACGUGAAAGCUGGUAGUGGUUGGAGUGACACAAUUACGAUGGAUUUUGAGAUAUUCGGCCAUGAGAAUGAUUUAUAUAUCUCACAAGAAGAUAUAGUCCAUGUUGGCUUAAUGGAAGAGAUUGGAGCAUCAUGUGUAUCGUUAUAUAUCAGGAUUUUAUACUUCCAAUUAGUGAAAAGAGAGAUCAGUCACUUUUUUCGUUUUGUUGAGCCAAUUUGGUUAUCAAAUGUUGGAUCCACUGAAGAAGAACGAGUUGAAUGGGUAUCAAAGCGUAUGCUUGAUUCAAAUCUGGGUUAGAUGUGGUUGUUGCCAUAUCAUAAGGGAAAGCAUUGGAUGCUUAUAAUAAUUGAUUUUGAUCACCAAUUGUGCUAUUUCCUGGAUUCUCUUCACAAUUUUCCACCAGAUGAAAUCAAAUCUCUCAUUUCUCAUGUCUUUCAACAUUUACGCACAAAUAAUGCAAAAACUAAGGAAGUCGCGUGGAGAACAGUUAAGUGUCCUCGUCAACCAUUACAAUCAGUACAAUGUGGGUUCUAUGUUAUGAGGAUGAUGAAGGACUUCGUGACAAAUGAGUUUUCAAUGCGAUGGCUAACUAGUAAUUGUGGCGGGAAGAACUAUUACACAAAGGAUGAGAUGAAUGAAGUACGUGAAGAAUGGGCACAAUGCGUCAUGGAUUUGAUGAGUACUACAUAGGUCUACUCACUUUUGUUAACUUAGACUUUUAAUGAGAUAUACUUACAAUGUUAACUUAGACUUUCUUGAAGAUAUACAAACUUUUGUUGCCUAACUAUAGUUUACAAUGCUUAUGUGAGUCAUUUUGUAAUUAACUUAAGACUCUUUAUUUUAGAUACUUAGUUCAAAUUCUAGUAUUUUAUAUUA